AUGCCCGUCUCACUGGCGCGUUAUGCCGGCCACGCCGCCAAACGGCUGUGCCAGGCGCCCCGACCCUCCGUCGCCAACAGCGCACCGCGCCUCCAGCCCUUUGCCCGCUGCCUAUCGACUUCGCGCCCGCGCCACUACGCCGACGUGCAGGAGCAGAGUGCGAAGCUAAUCCAGACCGAUGCCGACUUCGCGCACCCGGUUGACCCCGAGAGCAAGGGCACCAUGAACACGCCUUCGGACGACGGCACGCACACCGACAACAGGAAGAUCAGACACUAUACGGUUAACUUCGGUCCCCAGCAUCCGGCUGCCCAUGGUGUGUUGCGAUUGAUUUUGGAGCUCAAUGGCGAGGAGAUCGUGCGUGCAGAUCCCCACGUUGGUCUGCUGCACCGCGGCACGGAGAAGCUGAUCGAGUACCGGACGUAUCUGCAAGCGCUGCCGUACUUUGACCGUCUGGACUACGUCUCUAUGAUGACCAACGAGCAAUGCUUCUCGCUGGCCGUGGAGAAGCUCCUCAACAUUGAGGUCCCUGAGAGGGCAAAGUACAUCAGGACUUUGUUCGGAGAGAUCACCCGCGUCAAGAACCACAUCAUGUCCGUCACCACGCACGCUAUGGAUGUCGGUGCUUUGACUCCUUUCUUGUGGGCUUUCGAGGAGCGUGAGAAGCUCAUGGAAUUCUACGAACGUGUUUCUGGUGCCCGUAUGCACGCAGCCUACGUACGUCCUGGUGGCGUCUCGCAGGAUCUGCCAAUCGGCAUCCUCGAUGAUAUCUACCAGUGGGCGACCCAGUUCGGUGACCGUCUCGACGAAACUGAGGAGAUGUUGACGGACAACCGUAUCUGGAUCGGCCGAACCAAGGGUGUUGGUGUUGUCUCAGCAGCAGACGCCAUCAACUACUCCUUCACUGGCCCUAUGCUCCGCGGCUCAGGAGUACCCUUUGAUAUCCGCAAGUCGCAGCCCUACGAUGCAUACGACAAGGUCGAGUUCGACGUGCCCGUCGGCAUCAACGGCGACUGCUACGACCGUUACCUCUGCCGUAUGGAAGAGUUCCGACAGUCACUCCGCAUCAUCCAGCAGUGCCUGAACGACAUGCCCCCUGGCCCCGUCAAGGUGGAGGACUACAAGAUUGCCCCGCCACCACGCGCCGCCAUGAAGGAGAAUAUGGAGGCACUCAUCCACCACUUCUUGCUCUUCAGCAAGGGCUACAGCGUUCCGCCUGGCGAGACCUACAGUGCCAUCGAGGCACCAAAGGGCGAGAUGGGUGUGUUCCUUGUUUCAGACGGCAGCGAGAGGCCGUACAGGUGUAAGAUCAGGGCACCUGGGUUCGCACAUCUGGCCUGCAUGGACCAGAUUUCAAGAGGUCACUUGCUUGCAGAUGCUGUCGCAAUUAUCGGAACCAUGGACUUGGUCUUCGGUGAGGUCGAUCGGUAA